CUUUCUUUCUAUACUUCUCUCAUACCCUAAGAACUCCUACUCAUUCAUCCACCCAUCUGCAAGUGUCAUACCACAUCAUCACAUCACACAAGACCACCACACAAUGGACCUCCAAUCCCUCCUCACAAACGUGACCUGGCAAAACGCCCUCCUCGUCGCCGGGGGCGCUUACAUCCUCCUCAACCUGAAAGGUCUUCCCUUUGUCUGGCAUAUCCGCCUCCUCAACGUCCUAAAAUCCCACAUCCUCCUGCACCGCCCCCGCACCAUCUCCAUAACCCACGGUCCCCACACCCCCGAAACCCUCUUCUACCCGGUCAUCACGACCUCUCGCUCCCCGCUCCUCGAAACAGACUACAACAUGCACAAAUCCAACGCGACGUAUUUCACGGACCUGGACAUCAACCGGGUGCAUUUGAUCGCGUCGCUAUUCAAGAACCAGCUUUCGUUGGGGUUCUCGGGCGGAGAGUUAGGGAUUGCGCUGGGGAGUACGGCGUGUGUGUUCAAACGGGAGAUUAAACCGUAUCAGAAGUACGAGAUUCAUUCGCGGGUGUUGGGGUGGGAUGGGAAGUGGUUGGUGUUUGUGAGUCAUUUUGUGAGGCCUGCUGCACGGGGGGUGAAAGGGAAGGUAUCUGGGGAAGGGAAGGGAGAGGUGGAUGAGAAGAGAAUUUUGGCGUCGGCAGUGACAAGGUAUGUUUUUAAGAAGGGGAGGGUGUCGGUUAGUCCGGAGACGGUGUUGACGGCGGCGGGCUUGUUGCCGGAGAAGGGUGUGGAGGGGAAGGAACAGGAGGGGGGCUGGUCGUGGGAGAGGGUUGAGGAGGAGAGGUUGAGGGGGUUGGAGAUAGCAAAGUCGUUUUUGGCGUUGGAUGAGUUGCAUCAGACGUUUAGGGGGGAUGGGAAGGCGAUUGGGGUGUUUUAGUUGUAUGGAUUGGUGGGUAGUAAUGAGGUGGGUUAGAGGAGAGGGAGAAGUUGGGCAUAUGGAAAUAGUGAUACAAGGAGUCGUGGUGAUUCAUGGGUGGACUUUGUUGACAGCCUUGUAUUCACCUGUCUUUCGUGUUCCAACGAGGAUUCAUAAAGGGUCAUAUUGUAUCUUUCCAGCAGAAAGUGAUGUCUCGACAUCAAGGAUACAGGCACAAUGAUGG